AUGAAGGGGUUGCCCUACCCCAGCCUGUGCCCGGCCCACUUCUGGGAGCUGGGGUCUUGCUUCAUGGCUGACGGCUCCAACACGCAGGCCCUGGGGAAAGGGCCCCCACUCAGCAUCCAGCUCCUGCGAGCCCAGUACAAAGGCUUGAGGCAGCAGCAGAGGACCCAGGCCCACCUCGUGGUGCUCCCCAUAGGAGGGAACACACCAGCUCCUGCUGAAUCCAUGGUCAGCGCUGUUUGGAUCAACAAGGAGAGGAGGCACUCACUGUUCCUGGACCAGGCGGAUCCUGAGGUGGCAGGGAUGCGGGAGGAGGAUGAGGGAGGCUACCCACAGGUCCUCGGGGCUCUGUGGCGCACACACCUGCAGAUGCACUGCUCGGUCCAAGCCUUCCACCAGGAGACCAGUCAUCACAUAAAACACAAGGGCAAGUUCACAGGGUCUGGGCAAAGGCUGCCACAGCAAAGGGACCCAGGCUUACUUGAAAACAAGCAGAUGACUCAGCAAGAGACCACAACGCCAGAGGCAGCACCCCUGCACGAGGGUCAGGUGGGCAGAACACAAACGCAGGCAGUGGGAUCUGGCUUAAGCAAUGGCAUCCAGUGCCCUUCCUCCAUAAGGAACCCACACAGGUCUGGAACACCAGCUCACUAUCCAUUUCCCCAGAGGAAAACUCCCAGGAUCUCCCAAGCUGCCCGCAACCUGGGCUUAUAUGGCCCAGCCUGACGCUUUCCACGCAGCCAGAUGUCCCGACUUUGACGCCAUCUGCGGCCUCAUCCAAGAACCUAGGAGACAGAGCCACAGUGAGGACCUCCAGCUGUGCACAGAACUGGACUAACUCCAGGGUAGGGACUGUGGGAAAUGGACUGCACGGUGGGCACAGAGUCUUGUCCUUCGGCAGAAGAGAGGCUGCCCAGACAGGACUGCUCACAGCAGAGGAGGAAGGAGUGCUGUCUGACCAAUGCAGCCCCAUUCUGCUUAAACAAGACGUUGCCGCGGAGCCCCGGAUGCCUGGUAGGGCACCUGCUCAGUCCCCAGCACCGGGGAAUUCUGACCAACGAAACAGGGGCCCUAGCCCCUGGGAUGCCUUGGCAGUGCCCUGGAGUGUGGACGAACGUGAAUGAUCUCGUGUCCACUGCCUUCUGGUGAUUUCUCACGUGUCCUGGAGAAGACUGAGCUCUGAGAAUUGCCUUUUUCUGGUUGCUCUGCCUGGAGGCCAGCUCAGUUAGAAGUCACUACGUUUACUGGUAGUGACCACACCGUUUCAGCCUGAGCUUCCCAGGGUAUGGUCCCCCGGGGGGAAAGGGGGCAGAGCAAUGCCACCUACCACUGUGGGUGUUUAAGGGGCCUUUAGGAAGCAUUGGUCACCUCUCACCUCCCAUUGAGAUGGCACCCCCCCACCCAUGUCACAGAGUUAUUUCCCUCUGUCCUUCCUCCUUCCCUUCCUUCCCCUCCUCCCUUCUUUCUACUUUUCUAUUUGUCUGUCGUCUCUCCCUCUUUUCCUCCCUCCCUCUCCCCCCUCUCUAAAUUAAGUUCUUAUUAACACUGCCCAUCAUUCAAGACCUAUAGUCACAGGGGUCUAAGAAACGAGGAGCCAAAGAAACGUUCCUUCUUAGAACAUAUGUGUUUCCCUCACACGGUGCCCUUUGCUGCCGCAUUUGGGUCGCUCGGCCCCUUCCUGGGACAGUUUAAACGUAGGAGAAAGUGAAGCAGGUGUUACUUGGGUGAGAUGGGGAGUAAAGUGUGUCUUUCCUGGUUAAUAUUUAACUUCAGUAAUGAUACUUAAACACAUCCGAGGUGCCUCUUCCUCAUAUCGAUCCCCUCUCUGUAGUUUCUCCCACAUCCUUUUCCCCCACGGCAGAGCCUUGCCUAUCCACAUCCUGAGUGGUUCGCUAGGAUUGUCAUUACCUGCCAAAAAUACAUGUGUGCUUGCUCCUUGGGCCACCCAGAAACUCACUCCAACUUGGGUAUUCAUUGUGAUUCCUUUUGUGAAUAAUGGAAAAGUUGUUACAUUUUUUAUAGCCUAAUGAAAAACAAGACCAUUUUCUGAA